GUGCUACUCAAGACACAGAUAGACACGACCUAUGUUGAUAAGCGUGAGAAGUCCCAUUUGUGGGAACUGAAACAAACAAAAGUCGAAGAAAAUGAUUCUGUUACAGAUAUGUGGAUUUAUUCUACUUGCAGCUUCAGGUCUGGCUGUUGACUGUCCGGAGGGCUACUUGCCUCACGACAACGCUUGCUAUGCGUUCAUCAUGCACACCGCCACCUGGGCAGAAGCGAGGGAAUAUUGCCUGACCUUAAAGUCUCACCUAGCCAGGAUUGAGACGGCCAAGGAACAAAAUUACAUCCUUGGACAAACCAGCCGUUUGGGAGGAGAUUUCUGGAUCGCCGGUUUCGACUACCUAGAGGAGGGCACGUGGUACUGGGACGGACUCACCCCCAUUGGUCAGACGUGGUGGUACUCGGGGCAGCCCGGAGGGGGUGUCUCCAACAACUGCCUGGCCCUGAUGGGGCGCUACUCACACGCCUGGUUCGCCACGCCGUGUUACAACUAUUACCACUUCGUCUGUGAAAGAACUGCUGGUCUCGAAGGAUGAUUGCUCGCUCUAGGUACAUUAGCGUGGUCUCUCAAUUCCGUGUUUUUUGUCAAAAGCUUAUACAAAAUAAUAAAAGAAAGAUUUGAAAUGUU